GAUAAUUUUAUGGGAAUUAUUACACCAAAUGAUUUUAGACCAACAUUUCCACCAUCUAUAAGCGAAAAUGAAUUAGUUAAUUUUAAAGAAAAUGGAGAAAAGCCAUUAAGAAUAUCUAGUUCUUUUAUAUAUUAUCGUAAAAUGUUUGUCAGAGAAUUUAAAUUAAAAUAUGGUAGAGUUCCACCAAUGACUAAAAUAUCACCUAUAAUCUCUCAACGUUGGAAAGAAGAACCAGAAUGUGUUAAAGAAACAUAUGCAAAUAUUGUGUCUGCAGCAAAAAAACAAUAUGAAAAAUUAUGGCCUGAAUACAAUAAUCGGUUUAAAGUUAAAAAAUCUAUUUCUAAUAAAAUUAAUGUAGAAAAACUCGAUAAUUUAAAACAAUUAAAAAAAAAUUAUCCUAAAAUUAAUAUUAUUGAUAAUGAUAAAUUCGAUGAUAAACAUAUUGAAAAUAAAACCUUUGAAAAUAAAUUUUUUUUCGUUCCUGAAUAUAUCACAUAUGAUUCUACUAUACUUUACUCUCCAGAAUAUUAUUUUAACAAAUUUCAAAAUCAAAUAAAUGAUGAAUUUGAUUAUUUUUAUUAUUAA